AUGGAGACCGAGAAGAAGGGGUCCAAGGAGACGACGGACUUGAAGGAGCUCAAGGAGAGGAUAUCACUACUCUCCGAGAAGCUGGAUGCACGCGGGCGCAGCCCUAGCACGGGUGCAUUGAAGCAGGGUUUCAACAUUCCGAUUGAAACACAGAGGCGGCGGUGGUCCGGGGGGAUGGUGGGACGCGAAGGGAACCGUGAAAUGGACGGCUUUAAGACGAGGCUCGGUGCCCUCAGGGAGAGGCUCGACAUGAGGUUUGACAAGCAGGGGUGGCAGAAAUCCGAGAAGGUAAACGAUGCCCCACUUGGUCCAUCCACAGCCACUGAUCUGACCAUCGCGAUACAGUCGAAGGAAUCGAACGAUUUGCAGGAGACGGAGGAGAAGAGGGAGACGGAGGAGAAGAGCGAGCCGGAGGAGAAGAGCGAGACAGAGGACGUGAAGCCCGUGAAGCCCAUGAGGGAGUCGAUCAGACGGCUAUCCGAGACGCUCCUGACAGGACUCAAUGACUUCAGGGCCAGACUCAACGAGAAGGUUGAGAAGCAGAAGAAGCGGUCCGAGAAGAUGGUGCGAGCUCAACGCAGGCGGAGCUUGGAUCCGUAUAAGACGAGACUCAAUGUUUUUCGAGAGAGACUCAACGCGAAGGUUGAGGGAAGAUUGGACAUACAGAGGAAGAAGGUGGUGUCUCCCAGCACGAGACAGAGCUCGAGAUCGCAUGCCAGAUCCGUGGAUGCAGCGACCGAAACCAUCGAUGACCGCAGAAGAGGAAAGAGUGUUACACCUUCCCCGCCCGCGCUAGCACCCAAUGGAGGCGUCGUAUUGAGAGCAAUGCCCGUUAUCCUCCCACCGAGAUUGGGCUUGGGGUCCGAGUCCGACUUCAGUCUGUCGAGGAAACGGGGACGGAGCAGCUCCGACUCCACGAGCUCUCUGGUAGAGCCGGAUAAUCGACGAGUACGAUUUACGUACGAUGGCGAUUCGAAGUUCCAGCGAAAGGAGAAGCUGGCGGGACAGCAGGGUGGCCCUGGCAUGGAUGCCUUCAAGGGGGGGCUGGAUGCAACGAGGCGGAGGUCCGAAAUUCCGCCGUCACCCGCACCCGCACCCGCUCGGCGUCCGAAGCCCACACCCUCUUACACGCGGAUGCGCACGCCCAGCCAGCGAAAGGUCUUCUCCGGGCCCCGGCAGUCUUCGACUCCUCGCCGGACACCCGUACCUCUCCCAACCGAUUCCAGCGGGUGGAUCAGGAAGCUGCAGGAGUUGAAGGCAGAGUUUGACCUGGAGAGGGCCAGAGCCAGGUCGAUAGUUCAUCAGGCGGAUGUGAUCAUGAAAGAUUUCUCCCCGAGAUCGAGGGAGGAGAUUGAGAGCAUGGGGGUCGGGCCUGAUCCGGCGCAGGGGCUGGGCUUCGACUACAAAGACGACGAGGACUGUGGGGACAAUGACGAUGACGAUGAGGAGUAUUAA